UUCAACCAAGUGCAUCAACAUGAUCGCUUACAAAAUAACAGCCGUUUUUCUACUGGCGUCGGUCGCUACAGCUCGACCAUCAGAAGGCUGGGAACCGGAAGGCCACUCGCACACAGAACACACGAAACCAUACCACGUAACUGUUAUUAAGAAGAUAGGGGUACCAAUCCCUCACCCAGUGGCAGUAUCAGUUCCACAGUAUGUGAAGAUCCCGAUACCACAACCCUAUCCUGUUCACGUGACUGUUGAACAACCAAUUCAUGUACCGGUUUACAAGGUUGUCCCUCAGAUAGUGGAAAAGCCAGUCCCAUACACCGUGGAGAAACCAGUCCCCUAUGAAGUGGAGAAACCCUACCCCGUGGAAGUUGAGAAGAAGGUUGAGGUACCCAUCCCCAAACCCUACCCAGUCCACGUGCCUGUGUACAAACAUAUCUACCAUCAUAAGGGAGGAAAACAUUAACCCUUCUUCGAACAGCCUGUUAUCAGAGUCGUCAAAAAAAAUAUAAUGAUAAUUUAAUACUUAUAUAUCUAUGGGGCAAUAGCUGAUUUAUAUGUUCCAAUUAAAACAAUGGUCAUUUAAGAUUAGACUAGAUGACUUAAGUAACAGUUAAGUCUUGAUGAACGACUCUGAAUUUUGUUGCGAAACUUUCAUUGUAUCCAAUACAGCUUUUCUAUUGUUUAAGGAAAUCUUGUUUUCCAAUUUCCUUAAAAAUCUUAGAUUACAGAGUCCAAAGCAGUAUUAGGAGGUUGGUCUAAACCGGUUUUUACCGGAUUUGUAAAUAACGCGGAAUCUCGCCUGUAUACAAAUGUGAUAUUUAUUUUGUGUG